AUGUCUAGCAUAAUAUCUUUGAAUGCCAAAGAAAAUUACGACUUACACAACAAUGAUAGUAAUAUAGCAACACGAGAUGCACAGGCUCAUUUAAAGUAUAUUUUUGAAGAAUACGUGUUAAGACCAGAGUGUGAACGACAACAACGAAUGGCUAUUGAAAUGAUGCGCGAGUAUUUACGUGUUUGGCAAGAAAAAGUUGACGAGGAUAAUAAAAAUGUAAAAAACGCUAAUGUAGAUUAUAAUGGGUUAUUCGCUCGCGGGCCAUUCAAACAAAAAAUAAGAGACCACGGAGAAUUAAUAUCGGUACAGGUUGGACUACCCGAAAUAAUAAACGAACAAAGUAUACUAGGAAAUGUACGGUUCGUACAGUAUUGGAUUCAAGCUGAGGUAUGGUUUCAAAAUAGUAAUAAAUCAAUAACGGUGCGUGGAAAAGCAAGAUACAAUGAUUUUGUUGAUUUUCGGAAUCGAUUGGUUAGAGAGUUUGGGACACCUCAAAAUGAGCUUCCUGUUCUGCCUGGAAAAAAAAUAUUUGGACGCUUCGACCAUGACUUUCUACAGACUCGAAGCGAACAAUUGAGUCAAUGGCUAUCCGAUCUCAUUGUCAAUUUUGGUAGAAUCGAUCAAGUGCUCGAUUGGAUUAGUCGCGGUGCAUUGGGUUUAACCGAGUUGGACGUGUUAAGACGAAAAAAGAAACCAAAAAAACGGGAAAAAGACAAAAACUCCACUACCAAGUCCGCCAAGAAAAAGAAACAUCGUAGCGUUGAAAAAGUCGUAUCACAUCACCUGAACGAAAAAAUUCGAAGAAAAAGUACAAGAAUUUUCCACAUACUUACAAGAACCAUAGCAAUGAUAAUAAAAAAAGCUUAUUAUCAUCGUCGCAGCAUAUAUCCGUCAAAUAAUAAAGAAAAACAAUGUAUAUAG